AAUGCUGAACGUUCAGUUAUCGACAGCUGUCACCGACAGAGGGCUAUGUUAUGUUUAUUUGUUUGGUCUUUCAUAGUCACAGCUAUACUAUUCACGGAGAUACGCGAGUAAACGAUUGUUCAAUAAAUCUUAAUUGGUUCAAUUCAGCCCAUACACAUAAUGUCACGAAAGGAAGCAUUAUCGCAAUUCAUCAAUCAAAUCCAUGGACGUCCUGUGGUGGUUAAACUGAACAGCGGUGUCGAUUAUAGAGGUGUUUUGGCUUGCCUCGAUGGUUACAUGAACAUCGCAUUGGAUCAAACAGAAGAGUACGCCAAUGGUCAACUCAAAAAUAAAUACGGUGAUGCAUUCAUUCGAGGAAACAACGUGUUAUACAUUUCAACACAGAAGAGACGGGUUUAGUUACGUAUUCAAAUCAAAUCGAAAAACCCAAAACCACCGCAUUUAAACACAACACCCCAGUUCAGUAGCGGUUGUUGUUUAACAAAAAUAUUUCCUCAUUCACUUAACACUAUGUUCGAUACAAAUGACUUGAUUCCGUUUUGUAAAACUAGUUUAUUUUAUUUCUCAUUUACACAUUUAAAAACAGAAAUAAAAAAUUCACUUCACAAUAAAAGAGAAAAAAGGAAAUGAAUGAAUGAAUUAAAAUAAGAAAAAAUGGUUUUAAAAUUUGAGUCAGUUGUGUUAGUGGAUUCCCUCUAAUGGUGAAUAGCUUCUGUAUUGAUAAAGCUCUGGUCCACCGUAUCCAUAGAGUAGUUUACCUCGACCAUUUUCAUCAUAGUAUGGAUAACGAUACUUUGGCCUAAUUGCGUUAAUUUGAUGGCAAGGAGAUCCAAAUUGCAUGCAAAUUGUCAGAAGGAAAAAAACACGAUACACAUACAGCAACAUGGAAAUGAGAAAAUUAAACAAAUAUUUGUCAAUA